AUGAUCCACCUCAGGAAACACACCAGGAGCCAGACCAAGAUCCACCUCAGGAAACACACCAGGAGCCAGGCCAGGAUCCACCUCAGGAAACACACCAGGAGCCAGGAAACACACCAGGAGCCAGACCAAGAUCCACCUCAGGAAACACACCAGGAGCCAGGCCAGGAUCCACCCCAGGAAACACACCAGGAGCCAGGCCAGGAUCCACCUCAGGAAACACACCAGGAGCCUGGCCAAGAUCCACCUCAGGAAACACACCAGGAUUCACCUCAGGAAACACACCAGGAUCCACCUCACAAAACACACCAGGAUCCACCUCAGGAAACACACCAGAAUCCACCUCAGGAAAUACACCAGAAUCCACCUCAGGAAACACACCAGAAUCCACCUCAGGAAAUACACCAGAAUCCACCUCAGGAAACACACCAGAAUCCACCUCAGGAAACACACCAGAAUCCACCUCAGGAAACACACCAGAAUCCACCUCAGGAAACACCAGAAUCCACCUCAGGAAAUACGCCAGGAUCCACCUCAGGAAACACACCAGGAUCCACCUCAGGAAACCAGGAUCCACCUCAGGAAACACACCAGGAUCCACCUCAGGAAACACACCAGGAUCCACCUCAGGAAACCAGGAUCCACCUCAGGAAACACACCAGGAUCUACCUCAGGGAACACACCAGGAGCCACCUCAGGAAACACACCAGAAGCCACCUCAGGAAACACACCAGGAUCCACCUCAGGAAACACGCCAGGAUCUACCUCAGGAAACACGCCAGGAGCCACCUCAGGAAACACGCCAGGAUCUACCUCAGGAAACACGCCAGGAUCUACCUCAGGAAACACGCCAGGAGCCACCUCAGGAAACACGCCAGGAUCCACCUCAGGAAACACACCAGGAUCCACCUCAGGAAACACACUAGGAUCCACCUCAGGAAACACACCAGGAUCUACCUCAGGGAACACACCAGGAGCCACCUCAGGAAACCAGGAUCCACCUCAGGAAACACACCAGGAUCCACCUCAGGAAACACACCAGGAUCUACCUCAGGGAACACACCAGGAGCCACCUCAGGGAACACACCAGAAGCCACCUCAGGAAACACACCAGAAGCCACCUCAGGAAACACACCAGGAUCCACCUCAGGAAACACACCAGGAUCCACCUCAGGAAACACGCCAGGAUCUACCUCAGGAAACACGCCAGGAUCCACCUCAGGAAACACACCAGGAUCCACCUCAGGAAACACACCAGGAUCUACCUCAGGGAACACACCAGGAGCCACCUCAGGAAACCAGGAUCCACCUCAGGAAACACACCAGGAUCCACCUCAGGAAACGCCAGGAUCCACCUCAGGAAACACACCAGGAUCUACCUCAGGGAACACACCAGGAGCCACCUCAGGGAACACACCAGAAGCCACCUCAGGAAACACACCAGAAGCCACCUCAGGAAACACACCAGGAUCUACCUCAGGAAACACGCCAGGAUCCACCUCAGGAAACACGCCAGGAUCUACCUCAGGAAACACGCCAGGAUCCACCUCAGGAAACACACCAGGAUCCACCUCAGGAAACACGCCAGGAUCCACCUCAGGAAACACACCAGGAUCCACCUCAGGAAACACGCCAGGAUCCACCUCAGGAAACACACCAGGAUCCACCUCAGGAAACACACCAGGAUCUACCUCAGGGAACACACCAGGAGCCACCUCAGGAAACCAGGAUCCACCUCAGGAAACACACCAGGAUCCACCUCAGGGAACACACCAGAAGCCACCUCAGGAAACACACCAGAAGCCACCUCAGGAAACACACCAGAAGCCACCUCAGGGAACACACCAGAAGCCACCUCAGGAAACACACCAGGAUCUACCUCAGGAAACACGCCAGGAUCCACCUCAGGAAACACGCCAGGAUCUACCUCAGGAAACACACCAGGAUCUACCUCAGGAAACACGCCAGGAUCUACCUCAGGAAACACUAAGUGUGAAGAAUAGCUACCACGCAAUUCCUGACAAAUCCAAAGUUAUGGUGGUAGAAACAGGAGCAAGAGAACCUUUGCAAAAUAAAGGGCAGACUGAUUCCUUCAUCAUGGAGAAAGACCUAAUGCAAGAAUCACACUUUAGCAGAAUAACGGCACCAUAG